AUGACCGCUCAUCUUAGACCCAAAUGUCUAAAAGUGAACAAAUCAUGUAUAAAGUCAGUGGUGAAGCAUAACUGUUGGACAGCCAUUAUAUUGGGAGCACUGAUGUUGGCGUUGGGCAUAGUGUUGAGGUCGUCAGUAAUCAACAGUACGUCGGCUACAGUUGCCAGCAGUGGUAUGCUAUUUAUAUUAAUCGGAAUCUUUGUCAUAUGUAUGGGUCCUUUCGCUGCUAUAUAUGACUUAUUGUCGAAUAAGAAUCGCAACGACAGCCAAACGGGUGCACCGCCAGAGUCGGCCCAAUCGCCGUCACCAUCGGACUCGUCUGAUCCGCCCUCAUAUAACCAGGUGAUGGUGGGGUCAUCCACUAUGAAGACCCCCAGUGCCACUUACCACCUGAGAUAUACGCAGCAAAUUUUGUCGCCACAAAACCUGUCAGACGACAGACCCCCUCCGCCCACCUACGAGGAGGUGGUGUUGGAGCUCGGAGGACGAGGGGUUUCCCAAUCACUGAGCCCUGAGCCCACCCAACACAACGACACCGAAAGAUAAAUAUCUCAUUAAUUUCAUUUGUGUCACAAAACCAAAC